CAUUCAGAACUUGCCGCUGCAGUGUGUAGACGUAAACUUAAAUGUGGUCUGAAGAAGAAGUUCCAGAGAGUGUUUGAGGGCAUCGCUAAAGCAGGACAGUCGACCCUCCUGAAUGAGAUCUACACAGAGCUGUACAUCACAGAGGGAGGGACUGCAGAGGUCAAUGACGAACAUGAGGUCAGACAGAUUGAAGCAGCAUCCAGGAAAGCAAACAGAGCAGAAACAAGCAUCCGACCAGAAGACACCUUUAGAGGCUCACCUGGAAGAGAUGGACCAAUCAGAACAGUGAUGACAAAGGGAGUGGCUGGCAUCGGGAAAACAGUGUUAACACAGAAGUUCACUCUGGACUGGGCUGAAGACAAAAGCAACCAGGACAUCCAGUUCAUGUUUCCAUUGACUUUUAGAGAGCUGAAUGUGCUGAAAGAGAGAAAGUUGAGCUUGGUGGAACUUGUUCAUCACUUCUUCAGUGAAACCAAAGCAGCAGGAAUCUGCAGGUUUGAAGACUUCCAGGUUGUGUUGAUCUUUGACGGUCUGGAUGAGUGUCGCCUUCCUCUGGACUUCCACAACAAUGAGGUCCUUGCUGAUGUUACAGAGUCCACCUCAGUGGAUGUGCUGCUGACAAACCUGAUCAGGGGGAAUCUGCUUCCCUCUGCUCGCCUCUGGAUAACCACACGACCUGCAGCAGCCAAUCAGAUCCCUCCUGACUGUGUGGACAUGGUGACGGAGGUCAGAGGGUUCAACGACCCACAGAAGGAGGAGUACUUCAGGAAGAGAUCCAAGAAUGAGGAGCAGGCCCGCAGCAUCAUCUCCCACAUGAAGACAACACGAAGCCUCCACAUCAUGUGCCACAUCCCAGUGUUCUGCUGGAUCACUGCUACAGUUCUGGAGGAGCUGCUGAGAACCAGAGAGGGAGGAGAUCUGCCCAGAACCCUGACUGAGAUGUACAUCCACCACCUGGUGGUUCAGGUCAAAGUCAAGAUGGUCAAGUAUGAUGGAGGAGCUGAGACGGAUCCACAUUGGAGUCCAGACAGCAGGAGGAUGAUUGAGUCUCUGGGAAAACUGGCUUUUGAGCAGCUGCAGAAAGGAAACCUGAUCUUCUAUGAGUCUGACCUGACAGAGUGUGGCAUCGAUGUGAGAGCAGCCUCAGUGUACUCAGGAGUGUUCACACAGAUCUUUAAAGAGGAGAGAGGGCUGUACCAGGAGAAGGUGUUCUGCUUCGUUCACCUGAGCGUUCAGGAGUUUCUGGCUGCAGUCUACUUGUUCCACUGUUACACCAACAGGAAGGAGAAGGUUCUGGAGGGCUUCUUGGGAAAAGACUGGAAAGACGAGGAGAGAGACACUCUGGAUGUGUUCCUGAACAGAGUCGUGCAGAAAUCCCUCAGAAGUAAAAAUGGUCACCUGGACCUGUUUGUUCGCUUCCUUCAUGGCCUCUGUCUGGAGUCCAACCAGAGACUCUUAGGAGGCCUGCUGGGUUGGACAGAGAACCAUCCAGAAAUGAUCCAGAGAGUCAUCUACAACCUGAAGAAGAUGAACAGUUACGGAACAUCUCCAGACAGAAGCAUCAACAUCUUCCACUGCCUGAUAGAGAUGAAGGAUCUCUCAGUACAUCAGGAGAUCCAAGAGUUCCUUCAGUCAGGUUACAGACCAUGGAAGGAACUCUCUGAGAUCCACUGCUCAGCUCUGGCGUACAUGCUUCAGAUGUCCGAGGAGGUUCUCGAUGAGCUGGACCUGAGCAAGUACAGAACAUCAGAGGAGGGAAAACGGAGGCUGAUUCCAGCUGUAAGGAACUGCAGAAAGUUUCGGUGA